ACUGAGUACGGGCCUUGGGUUCGGGGCGGUCUCUGCGUCUGAGUGCUCCUCUCGCCCUAAGCACAGUCCCGCUAGCCAAACCCUGCCCGCCACGGGUUUUCCUGCUGGGUGCUCGUCAGCAUGUCCUAUAUUCCGGUGGCCGAGGACUCGGACUUUCCCAUCCAAAACCUGCCCUAUGGCGUUUUCUCCACUCAAAGCCACCCAAAGCCACGGAUUGGUGUGGCCAUCGGUGACCAGAUCUUGGACCUCAGUGUCAUUAAACACCUCUUCACCGGACCUGUCCUUUCCAAACACCAGCAUGUCUUCGAUGAGACAACUCUCAACAGCUUUAUGGGCCUGGGUCAAGCUGCCUGGAAGGAGGCAAGAGCAGCCUUGCAGGACUUGCUGUCUGCCAGCCAAGCCAGGCUCAGAGAUGACAAUAAACUUCGGCAGCGCGCCUUCGUCUCCCAGGCUGCUGCCACAAUGCACCUUCCCGCGACCAUAGGAGACUACACAGACUUCUACUCCUCUCGGCAGCACGCCACUAACGUUGGCAUUAUGUUCAGGGGCAAGGAGAACGCGCUGAUGCCCAAUUGGCUCCACUUACCCGUGGGAUACCAUGGCCGGGCUUCCUCCAUUGUGGUAUCUGGCACCCCAAUCCGAAGACCCAUGGGACAGAUGAGACCUGAUAACUCAAAGCCUCCCGUGUAUGGUGCCUGCAAACUCCUGGACAUGGAGUUGGAGAUGGCUUUCUUUGUAGGCCCUGGGAACAGAUAUGGAGAGCCGAUCCCUAUCUCCAAAGCCCACGAGCACAUAUUUGGGAUGGUCCUCAUGAACGACUGGAGUGCCCGAGACAUCCAGCAAUGGGAAUACGUCCCUCUUGGGCCGUUCCUGGGGAAGAGCUUUGGAACCACCAUUUCCCCAUGGGUGGUGCCCAUGGAUGCCCUCAUGCCCUUUGUGGUGUCCAACCCGGAGCAGGACCCUAAGCCCUUGCCGUAUCUCUGCCACAGCCAGCCCUACACAUUUGAUAUCAACCUGUCCGUUGCUUUGAAAGGAGAAGGAAUGAGCCAGGCGGCUACCAUCUGCCGGUCCAACUUUAAGCAUAUGUACUGGACCAUGCUGCAGCAGCUCACACACCACUCUGUUAAUGGAUGCAAUCUGAGACCCGGGGACCUCCUGGCUUCUGGAACCAUCAGUGGAUCCGAACCUGGAAGCUUUGGCUCUAUGCUAGAACUGUCCUGGAGGGGAACAAAGGCCAUCGAUCUGGGCCAGGGCCAGACCAGGACCUUCCUGCUGGAUGGCGAUGAAGUCAUCAUAACAGGUCACUGCCAGGGAGAUGGCUACCGCGUUGGUUUCGGCCAGUGCGCUGGAAAGGUGCUGCCUGCCCUCUAGCCAGCCUGAGGUUCCGGAAACUACAGACCACAGCCUGCCUACUGCGGACCGUGCUGCGGCUGCCCUUCAUCCGGGAACAAAUAAAGCCCUUUGGCUUGUGGGAAGGACCACAGAA